CAUGACCGAGCCUUACGACAUUCACCAAUUGCCUCUACAAACCCUAGAGAGCUCGUGCGCAGUCGGAUCGAGGUUCGGAAACCCUCGUCCCAUCUUACCACAGGCAGUUUCUAGUCUCCAGACGCUCGACAGACCUUCACACGCUCAAGCCCGCUCGCAGCGGCGUCGAAUCCUCGCAAUGUCUCACCUAACGCCGACCCUUACACAUCUCUCCACGCUGUCGCCGCCCUCGAACUCGCGAACAUGGCAGACCGCGCCCCACCCGUCGCAACCCAUCGUGGCAACCGCCUGCUCAGACCGCAGCGUGCGCGUCUAUAGCCUCACCUCGUUCACGCUGCUGCACGCCAUCACCGGCGGGCAUAAGCGCUCGGUACGCUCGUGCAGCUGGAAACCGCACACCCAGGGCCAGUCUGUGCUCGCAACGGGCUCCUUCGAUAGUAGCGCCGGCAUCUGGCGCAAAGAAGACGGUGACCACCUUGCCCAGGAGGUGCGGGAAGUCGGCGACGAGGAGGAUGAGGAUCAAGAGGAAUAUCAAUUCUCGUGCAUCCUCGACGGCCACGAGUCGGAGAUCAAGUCCCUCACUUGGUCUCCCAGCGGGCAGUAUCUGGCGACUUGCUCCCGCGACAAGAGCGUCUGGAUAUGGGAGGAGCUGGAGGAUGAUAACUUUGAGACGGUUGCGGUGCUGCAGGAGCACGAUGGCGAUGUCAAGUGUGUUGCGUGGCAUCCGGAGGAGGAUCUACUGGUCAGCACGAGUUACGAUGACACUGUCAGGUUUUACAGAGAAGACCAGGAUGACUGGGUGCAGGUUGCGAUGGUGGAAGGGCAUGGUAUGACGAUUUGGUGGGCGGAGUUUGAGGGCUCGGGUGCCGCGAAAUUCGACUUCAGGAGGCAAAGAGAAGGCCUGCAAGAUGAGCAGCUACAGCAUGUCAAGGCGUUGGAGCAGAGUGGGCCGAGGCUUGCAACUUGCGCGGAUGAUUGCACGGUGAGGGUUUGGAGGAGGAAGCCGAGAGAGGGCGCGCAGCCACAGAAUUCGGGUAUGCCGAGCAUCAUUCGCUCCGCAGCCAUCGACGAGGACUGGUAUCAGGAAGCUGUCCUUCCCAAAGCUCACGAUCGCGCUAUCUACUCUGUCAGCUGGAGUCGCACGACUGGACUGCUCGUCAGCGCAGGUAGUGACGGCAAGAUUGUGGUGUACAAGGAGCAGUGGAGGCGGCAGGACUCAAAUGGUACAUCCAACGGCUCAGCAAUGGAGGGCGUCGAGGGCGCUGGUGGUGCUGUUGCGGAAGCAAAAGAGACACCACCGACUGAGUGGGUUGUGGUCGCUGAAAUCUUCUCCGCGCACGACGUCUUCGAGAUCAACCACGUCACAUGGGCGAAGCGCGCAGACAAGGGCAAGAGAUGGGACAAUGAGGAGAUAAUUGUCAGCACAGGUGACGAGGGCGAGGUGCGCGUAUGGACACUAGACGAGGCCAUCUUGAAGGGGUAAAGAGCCACGAUGCCUUCACGAUCCUCAUUUCAUAUAUGAGGCGCCGCAGCAUAACUUUGUGAAUCUAGACGGCACGUAGAAAUGCCUCAGGCUUCAGGGGCCGCUGCCAUGUUGUCAAGACACGUCCUUUCAUGAUGGCUACGAUGACUUGGAGUGCGACAGUGACGAUUUCCACGCUCACAUGCAAUUUCAAGCGUGAGCCACACGCUGACGAAACCUGCGUCCAGCUGCGCGCUCGACUGCUGCACGUGGGGAGGGCCACCGUUGCGUGUGUGCGGCUUUGGUUGCUGGACAGCGCUGGGACCGGAUGGCGGCUGUGACGUAUUGCCGUCUUUGGAGGAUCUGCACUCGAUCAGGGAACGGGCG